UAUUCAUCUCAUCUUUAAGACAACCCCACCCAGCUUCCUUAAAAGGGCUGUGUUUCAGUUUUCAAAUCAAGAAUCACUUCAUGACUUUCAGAUGAGUGAAAAGGAAGGAAGUUCUCUCAUGCUGUUAGUUGAGCAAAAAGAAGUCAUGAUCUCUGACAUCAGUUAAUAGCAAGUCUACACUUCACACCGGGGUCACAGCCAGAGUGGAAGCACAAGAUGGGGUGUGGUAACACUAAAAGGACUUUACUCAGCUCAAUGAAGAGGUGCACCUCCCUCAUCUUCAUCUGUGGUUUAUUGUUGUACCGUUAUAAUGGAUGGCAGAGAGGACUGCAGGCUCUGACUGCCAUAACUCCCUCUGGUGUCUCUAACUGGGAUGGCAGUAGAAACGUGACCAUCCUGCUGUGGUACUGGCCCUUCAGCGUGUCACUCAGCCUGAAGGGGGACGUGUGCUGGGACCUGUACCGCAUCCCCAGUUGCAGACUUGUGGAUCAGCGGUCUAUGUUCUCCUCUGCAGAUGUGGUGGUGUUCCACAACAGAGAGCUGGUGGAAGGCAAACAGAAGUUGCCCCUUGAACUUCCAAGGCCACAAAACCAGAGAUGGGCUUGGAUGUCACUGGAAGCCCCGGUUUUUAAUGGACACUUGCAGAGAUUUGCUAAUAUAUUUAACCUGACCGUCACCUACAGGAAGGAUGCUGAUAUCUGUAUCCCCUAUGGUGAGCUAUUACCACAGGAGGCUGAAAACAGCCCAGUGGUUGACACUCCUGAAAAUAAAAGCUCUCUGGUGUGCUGGGUGGUCAGUAACUACAGGAGCCAACACAAGAGAAGUAAAGUGUACAAAGAGCUCAAUGACUUAGUCCCUGUGAAGGUUUAUGGGCGCUGGACAAAGACACCCCUACGCUCCAGAGACCUUCUGCCUACAAUCUCUCACUGCUACUUCUAUUUGGCAUUUGAAAACUCACUGGCCAAAGACUACAUCACAGAGAAGCUGUGGAGGAAUGCCUACCAAGCUGGUGCAGUGCCUAUAGUCCUGGGCGCGUCAGUAAGAGAAUACAAAACACUGGCUCCACCUAAUUCUUUCAUUCAUGUGGACGAGUUUGCAUCAGUGAAGGACUUGGUAAAAUAUCUACAAUUGCUUGCAGAAGACAAAAAACGUUACAGGGAAUAUUUUCAAUGGAAGCAGCAGUGGAAAGUGAAACUCUACACGGACUGGAGAGAGAGACUAUGCAAGAUCUGUUCAGAGUACAACAACUUACCACAAUGGAAAGUUUACUCAGAUCUGCAGAGCUGGGUUUAUGCUAUCAACCCUUCAAACACCUUGCACUGAUCGUGACCUAUCACUCUGCACCAUAACCAACUCAUUUUGUUUUUCAUGAUCACUGAUCAGUUCACAUUUCAUGUUUUUUAGGAAUAGAUCAACACUAAUAGGGUGAAGGACCUCACACAAAACACUUUUUCAUUGUCUUUCAUCGUGUAAAACUACCUGUAACAACAUACUACGUAACUGACCUCUCAAGAUUUAAGUGUUAAUUAAUUCAUCACAAGUGCAAUUAUAUGAAACCACAUGGUGCUGUUCUAGGACUGUAAACCUGUUUCCUGCAAUGUGAGAAAGCAUAUUAGUAACUGAGAAAGGAAGUGACAGCUUUAGAAGUUCAAGAUAAAGCUGCUAAAAGAUAAGUUAAUGUAGGUCUGUCUUACUUGCAGAGAAAGAAGGAACAGGUAAAAUUUUAAUAUGUAGUAGUUCAACAGGAGUGAAAAGGCGUAGGUUAAAGCAACAGCUCAUUUAUGCCUACCCUAUUUACAAGAAGGAAAGUUGCAGAAACAAAACAAGAUAACAAAGAUGGUGCAGGUUUAAAUAAUAAAAUAAAUUUUUAAAAAAAUAAUAUAAUCUAAGCAAAAUCUUAGAUUUAUACUGAUAAUUGGCUUACUUUAUUCUAAUAUUUUAUAUUUAUUGAAUUCCUUAGUUUUUAGCAUCCUUUUUAAAUGUAGUGACUGAUGUGCAUGUUUUCAAUUCUUUAUCUAGGCUAUUCCAUAAAUUUACUCCGCUUACAGAUAUGCAUUUGCCUUUGUGUUGGUCCUUGGAUUGGUUCUAUCUACUGUAUGUGUAUUAUGUUGACUUAAACGAUGUAAACAUCUGCUGUAAAAUGACAAGCACAAAGUCCAGAUAUUACAGGUAAUACUUGAAUAAAAGAACUUCCAGAGUUUCUAUUUUUCUUAACUUGCUGGUAAGGGUUUAUUUAAAAAUUAUACCACCCUAGGUCUCCUUGCCAGGAAAAAAACAAAAAAACAAAACCCCAGCACCCUCCAAUCUCAUGAAACAUUUAAUUAUUGUAGAGGAUACAGUUCAUUGCCUUAAACAAAACAAUUUCAG